UGUAUCGAAACCCUAGCACUACCGAGCUACCUUUUCUGCUCUACAUUUUUCCAUUUCUUAAACCCUAGAUUCUUCAUUCCCGAGCUCAGUCUCUUCGCCGUCAACCGAUAUUUGAUAUUCGAGAGCGAUUUCAGAGCUUCGAAACGAUGUCGGACGAUGAAAGGGAGGAGAAGGAGUUGGAUCUCACUUCUCCGGAGGUCGUCACUAAAUACAAAAGCGCCGCUGAGAUUGUUAAUAAGGCUUUGCAGCUAGUAUUAUCCGAAUGCAAACCUAAAGCUAAAAUCGUGGACCUUUGUGAGAAAGGGGAUUCAUACAUCAGAGAGCAAACUGGUAACAUGUACAAAAAUGUUAAGAAGAAGAUUGAAAGGGGUGUUGCCUUCCCAACUUGUGUUUCUGUGAACAAUACUGUCUGCCAUUUCUCACCUCUUGCAAGUGAUGAGUCUGUGUUGGAAGAUGGUGAUAUUGUGAAGAUUGAUAUGGGUUGUCAUAUAGAUGGAUUCAUUGCUAUAGUUGCACAUACUCAUGUUCUUCAAGAAGGACCAGUGACAGGAAGGGCAGCUGAUGUCAUUGCGGCUGCUAACACUGCUGCUGAAGUGGCCUUGAGGCUUGUAAGGCCAGGAAAAAAUAACAAAGAUGUAACAGAAGCAAUUCAGAAGGUUGCUGCUGCUUAUGACUGCAAAAUUGUUGAAGGUGUUCUUAGCCACCAGUUGAAGCAGUUUGUGAUAGAUGGGAACAAGGUUGUAUUGAGUGUAUCCAAUCCAGAUACAAGAGUUGAUGAUGCGGAAUUCGAAGAGAAUGAAAUCUAUGCAAUUGAUAUUGUCACAAGCACGGGUGAUGGAAAGCCUAGGCUGUUGGAUGAAAAGCAAACAACUAUCUAUAAGAGAGCCGUGGACAAGAACUAUCACCUGAAGAUGAAAGCUUCGAGGUUUAUUUUCAGUGAAAUAAACCAGAAGUUCCCUAUCAUGCCAUUCACUGCUAGGGCUUUGGAAGAGAAAAGGGCUCGGCUGGGUUUAGUGGAGUGUGUUAACCACGACCUUUUGCAGCCGUAUCCUGUUCUUCACGAGAAGCCUGGUGAUUUGGUUGCUCAUAUCAAAUUCACAGUUUUGCUAAUGCCAAAUGGAUCAGACCGGAUUACAUCCCAUCCUCUGCAGGAACUGCAGCCAACCAAGAUCAUAGAGGACCCUGAAAUCAAAUCCUGGUUGGCUUUGGGCAUUAAGACAAAGAAGAAAGGUGGUGGCAAAAAGAAGAAAGGUAAGAAGGGUGAGAAAACAGAGGACUCCACAGAAGCCGAGCCUAUGGAUGCAGCAACAAAUGGUGCUGAAUCUAAAGAAUGAGUGCUUUUCUAAAAAUAUUUUAUUUUGACCCUUUUGUCAAUUUUGGUACUUUCGUCUUCUUCACUCCAUUGUAUCUGGUUGGAUAUGAGUUGGUUUAAUAUAUAGUAUCAGACAUUUGUUCCGA